UCAUGACCUGAGCUGAAAUCAAGAGUCGGAUGCUCAGCCAACUGAGCCAUCCAGGUGCCCCUAAAUCGGUCAUUCUUAAAAGUAAAAUAAAGUCACCCCCCUCCUAAAAUCCUUCAGUGGUUCCCCCAGUACAUUUCAGAGUAAAAGCCAGACUCCUCCAAGGCUUCCAUGACCCUAGCUCACCUUCUCAACUGUGUCUUUCCACUCCUUUCCCUUCUCCUAGACCUCAGCCUCUGGCCACAGCGAGAAGGCUGUCUUCCCCAGACUUACUAUGCCUCUUGCUUCUGUGCCAUCGCAUAUGUUGUUCCCUGUGCCAGGGACACACUUGUUCACCUGACGUGCCUCAACUCUUGAUCCUACAUUCUCAAAAGUCAUUCUGCCCCUCUGCCCCACCCAUACUCCCAGCAGUGUGACAACUCCCACUGUGAUCCCCCGACACUGUCCAGACCUUCACUAUAGCAAUUAGCGUGUCAUGUGGUGAUUCCCGGUGUUCAUGUUGGCCUCCCCAAUAUGAGUUCUUUCAAGGGCACCUACUUGAACUUCUGUCUGAACCCUGAGCACUUAAGGGAGUGCCUAGAUCUUAGCAGGUACUCAGUAAAUAGACAAAAAGUAAUGUAGCAGAAUUGUAUUUUUUACGAGACCAAUGUAUAUGAAUCCCCUUUCUUUGUUGAAGUAUAACUGAUAUACUAAAACACAGCAAUCUUAACAACUCAAUGCAUUUUUACACCUUUAUACGUUCAUGUAACCUCCACCCCAGACCAAGAUACAGAACAUUUCUGUCAACUCAGAAAAUGCUUCUUCCUGUGAUCCCUUCCUUCCUGCAGGUAACUGUUGGUCUGACCUUUGUCACCACUGUGGUGAUAUGAUCAAAAUGGUGUUUCCUGAAGAGAAGUCUGCCAGUGGAUUGCUACUGUAGCAGUCUAGCUGUUCAUUUGCCAUAUGUUCACUGAGCACCCUCUCUGGACCAGGUCUGUUACAGGGGCCUAUGACAUAGGCCAGAAAGUCCGGGCCCAGGGGGAGACCAGCAGAGUAAAAGACGCAGUCCUAGUCAUCAAAGUUCUUGAGAAUGGACAUUGGAAAAAGGUGACUGGAAAAAGUGGAUUCAGGCUGGUUGGAAGGAAAAUCACGCAACAUUCAUGAGUGAACUAAAAAAUCUUCAGGCUUCUGGACUGACUACUCUUGGUCAGGCUCUAAGAUCCUCAUUUGAUUUGUUAAAUCUCAAUAGAUUAAUAUCUGGAAUAGACAAUUAUGGACAGGGGAGAAAUCCAUUUUUUUUAGAACCAUCUAUUUUAAUUACCAUCACAGAUGGAAACAAGUUAACAAGUACUGCUGGUGUUCAGGAAGAGCUUCAUCUUCCUUUGAAUUCUCCUCUGCCUGGAAGUGAACUAACCAAAGAACCUUUUCGUUGGGAUCAAAGGUUAUUUGCCCUGGUGUUGCGUUUGCCUGGACUGGCUUCUACGGAACCAGAGCAUCUAGGGAGUGUACCAACUGAUGAGUCUGCCAUCACACAGAUGUGUGAAGUCACAGGAGGUCGCUCCUACUGUGUUAGAACACAAAGAAUGUUGAAUCAGUGUUUAGAAUCUCUAGUUCAGAAAAUUCAGAGUGGUGUAGUUAUUAACUUUGAAAAAACGGGACCAGAUCCACUUCCUGUUGGAGAAGAUGGACUUACGGAUUCAUCCAGGCCAAGCAAUUCAUUUGCUGCUCAACCCUGGCAUAGUUGCCAUAAGCUGAUUUAUGUACGGCCUAACUCUAAAACUGGUGUUCCUGUUGGACAUUGGCCAAUUCCAGAAUCUUUUUGGCCAGAUCAGAAUUUACCUUCACUACCUCCACGAACAUCUCAUCCUGUUGUGAGGUUCUCCUGUGUAGAUUGUGAGCCAAUGGUAAUAGACAAACUUCCUUUUGACAAAUAUGAACUUGAACCUUCACCCUUAACUCAGUACAUCCUGGAACGAAAGUCUCCCCAUACCUGCUGGCAGGUAUUUGUUACCAGCAGUGGAAAAUACAAUGAACUUGGUUAUCCAUUUGGUUAUUUAAAAGCCAGUACGACUUUAACUUGUGUAAACCUCUUUGUGAUGCCGUACAACUACCCAGUUUUACUCCCUCUUUUAGAUGACUUGUUUAAAGUUCACAAGCUUAAGCCAAAUCUGAAGUGGCGACAGGCUUUUGACAGCUACUUAAAAACUCUGCCUCCAUACUACUUAUUACCAUUAAAGAAAGCACUAAGGAUGAUGGGAGCUCCAAAUCUGAUAUCAGAUAAUUUAGAUUGUGGACUUAGUUACAGUGUUAUCUCUUACCUUAAAAAACUCAGCCAACAGACCAAACUAGAGUCAGAACGGAUACUAGCAUCCGUGGGGAAGAAACCUCCCCAGGAGAUUGGAAUCAAAGUGAAAAAUCAUUCUGGAGGUGGCGUGUCCUUUACCCACAGUAAAAAUUUUAGAAAACUUUUGAAAGAAAUCAUAGGGGAAAGUGCACCAAGACUGACAGAAUUGAAUACCAAAGAAUUUGCUGGCUUCCAAGUAGGGCUCUUAAACAAGGAUUUGAAACCUCAGACAUAUAGAAAUGCUUAUGAUAUUCCACGUAGAGGUCUUUUAGACCAGUUAACCAGAAUGAGAUCCAAUCUGCUGAAAACACACAAGUUUAUAGUUGGACAAGAUGAAGAUUCCCUUCAUAGUGUUCCAGUCGCACAAAUGGGUAACUAUCAGGAAUAUCUAAAGACACUGGCUUCUCCGCUUCGAGAGAUUGAUCCAGAUCAACCAAAAAGACUACAUACUUUUGGCAAUCCAUUCAAACAAGAUAAGAAGGGAAUGAUGAUUGAUGAAGCAGAUGAAUUCGUGGCAGGGCCACAGAACAAAGUGAAGCGCCCCGGAGAACCCAACAGUCCUCUGUCAUCUAAGAGAAGGCGGAGUAUGUCCCUGCUGUUGGCGAAACCACAAACACCACCCACUGUAACUAACCAUGUGGGCGGAAAGGGACCACCCUCAGCCUCGUGGUUCCCAUCUUAUCCAAACCUCAUAAAACCCACCCUUGUACAUACAGAUGUCACUGUCAUUCCUGAUGUCCAUGAGGAGAAGAAGGAAAAUGGUCAGAUCCCACCCGAUGGCUUCUUGUCAAAAUCUGCUCCCCCAGAGCUUAUGAAUAUGGCAGGAGAUGGUAUCCCACACCACCACCAGUUGGAUUCUCUAUCUGACGACUUCACUAGUCUAAGGAAAGACGGCCUGAUUCACAAACCUGGUACGCAUGCACUUCUAGGAGGAAGCAAACACUGCAGUGUCUCUGUAGAUGAUCGAAAAGCCUCGGUGACACCCACUUUGGGAACUGUACCAAACACCUUGCAAAUAACUCCUGCUAUGGCGCAAGGAAUCAAUGCUGAUAUAAAACAUCAGUUAAUGAAGGAAGUUCGAAAAUUUGGACGAAAGUAUGAAAGGAUUUUCAUUCUGCUUGAAGAAGUGCAAGGGUCUCUUGCAGUCAAGAAACAAUUUGUUGAGUUUACCAUCAAGGAAGCUGCAAGGUUUAAAAGACGAGUCUUAAUCCAGUACCUUGAGAAGGUACUAGAAAAGAUAGACUCCCACCACCACCUCAACAACGUUAAUCACAUCAACAGAAGAUCAUCAUGUUAAUGCAAAGACCAAGGAGAAAAAAGGGCAAGUUUUCUAUGCUGUACGAUGGAAGAUGAUAUUGUCAAAGCUUUCUAGAAUGUUUUAGGCAAGGGAAUUGCCUUCCCGAAGCUAAGAAAAAGCCAUGGAGCUUUUUUUUUUUUUUAUGAUUCUCUGGAAGUAAAAGCUGGCUAAGGGUUUUUCUGAAAGUAUUAAUUUGUUGUUUUGUUGUUUUUUUUUCCCAGUUGAGGAAG